UAUGCUUCAACCCUUCUCUUUCUCGUCAUCACCUCUUCCCUUGACUCAACAGGUAUACCCAGGAAUGCGACAUCUUGCUCUCCGCAUAGGAGAAACAAGCCGCUGUCAUUCCUUGUUCCAGAAUGGCAACAUAAAUCGAUCCAUCGUGCGUCAGGUGCGCUUCAAUUCUACUUUGCAAGGAUCAACACCUAGGCCAUCCCAACCCUCUUCCGCUGCCUUGAAUAGAGAUGCUCCAAAACCUCAAAAAAAUAGGAGAAGAAUAAGGCCGCUUACCGUUCUGGGACUGUUGGGAAUAGCAGGAUUAGUGACAUACGAAGUUGAUACACACCUAAAUGCUUCGGUCUUACAAAGAAAUCUUCGAACGGGUAUUGCAGGUGCAGCGAUUGCAUUGGACUAUAAGUUCAACUUCAAGAGUGGCGAUGCAAAAUCAGCCGAAGAGUUACAUGAACGAUGUGCGAAACGAUUGCUAAAGGUAUGCGAACAAAAUGGUGGAUUGUAUAUCAAAUUAGGUCAAGCGAUCGGCGUUCAAGCAGCAGUUUUACCAAAACCUUAUCAUGCUUUGGCAAAGAUGUUUGAUGAUGCUGAACAUAUGUCGACGGCUGCUGUUCGUGCAGUAGUGGAGAAAGAGUUGGGCAAACCAAUAGAUGAGGUAUACUCUUCCUUUGACGAUCAACCUAUUGCGGCUGCCAGUGUUGCACAAGUGCAUAAGGCAACUUUGAAAUCGACGGGAGAAACGGUUGCUGUAAAAGUGCAAAGGCCAAGUAUUCGAUCGCAAGCAUAUUGGGAUCUGUUGUCGUUCAGAAUCCUUUUGCACUUUUAUUCAAACGUUUUUGAUCUGCCGUUGGCCUACUUUGGUGGAUACAUUAGUGAACAGAUCGAGCGGGAGACAGACUUUUUGGCAGAAUUGGAGAAUGGAAAGAAAGCAAGAAGAAACAUUGCCAAUGAUCCACAAAAGAUAAUUCGCGAUACAUGCUACGUGCCAUGGUGUGUAGAUGAACUUUCAACUUCUCGUAUCUUGACCAUGGAAUUCAUUCAAGGUGCCACUAGAAUGACAGAUGAGAAAGGGAUGCGAAAUAUGGGUUUGAAUGUGAAGGAAGUUGCAAGGAGUGUUUGUGAAGUUUUUGCCAGUCAAAUCUUCCAACAUGGUUUUGUUCAGUGUGAUGGACAUGCAGGCAAUGUGCUCGUCAGAAGGCACCCUAAUGGCAAGAAAGGACAGCAUCAAGUCGUACUGAUCGAUCACGGACUGUACGUUUCCAUCUCUGAGACAUUCAGACGUCAAUAUGCAGAACUAUGGAAAGCAAUCUUUGAAGUGGAUAUUGGAACACUAGAACGCAUCACUACAGAAUGGGGAAUGGGUAAACAGAGUGCGGAAUUGUUUGCAUCUGCAACGUUGAUGAGACCAUGGCGAAAACCAAAAUCAGACGAAGAACGUGAAAAGGAAGAAGAAGAGCGCAAGAAGAACAACGGUCAACCAAAUUACAAUAAACAAAAAGAAAUGAUUAAAAAUUUCUUGGUAAGCGUUGAACUUGUACCGAAAGAAUUAAUUUUUGUAGGAAGAAGUAUGAGAAUUGUGCAAGCAAACAAUCAAGUUUUGCAUUCUCCCGUCAAUCGGAUCAACAUUUUGGCCAGACAUGCAGCCUCGGCUUUGUUGACAAGCGAUUCACCAACUUUUUUGAGCAUUUUCAGACCACGUGGACAACAGCAACAGCAAUCAACUGUUAUGGAACGAUCUAAGGUUUGGGUAUCAACACGUAUCUCCUUCUUAACAUUCAGAACAACGUUGCUCUUGUUGGAUGGUGUUUUCGUAGGAAGUUCGUUAUGGCGUGGAUUGAAAUGGUCUUGGAACCUACUCCAAGCAAAUAUCACCCAUGGACCGUUUAGCAAACAAGCACGUAAGACAUGGAACGCUCAAACAGGCGGAUUUGAAGAUGAUUUAGAACAGGGAAUGAGACAAUUGGCAAAAGAUGAAUUUGGAGUGGAAUUGGAUGAAAAUGCUUUUAUGGGAUAAAUUGUACUACACACACACACACACACCAUCACUCACUUUCUUUCAAUGGAAAUGCUUAGGACAUGUAAUCGUAAAUAGAUGACAUCAAUUGCAAUACUAUAGAUAUC